AUGAGCCGGAACAACAUCCCUCUUUCUCCUAUUCUCGAUGGGCUACUGGAACUUCACCAUACUCAUUCUAUCGACUACCUACUAGUUGUACGGCAAAAAAAUGUACUUCUGACCCAUACAAUGGGAUUUUCAAGUAUACAAAGUGACCAAGUGAUGGAAUUGCUCGAUUCUGGAAAAGGUGGUAUUCUUGAUAUAAAGCCAGUGCUUCAAACGAUGAAGAUACUUGAACUAAAAAAUGGUUCAGCAGAAGCAAUUGAGCAUCAGUAUAAAGAUUUACUAACUUGUAUCACUCAGAAUAUUUGCAAAAGGAUUUCAAAGGAAUGGAUCAAAGUAAUUGAACCAAAUAAGCAGGCUCACUUUCCUUAUAAAGCUUUCAACGACAGUAAACCUCCAUGGUGGCCCCACGAAGUCAACCAUAUUGAACCCGACCAUUUGGAUAAACCAGGAAGAAUUAGUCUUAUGAUUCAAAUUCUCCGAAAUCUUGAGUUUAGUUGGAAAAGUCUUCGUGAUUCUGUGAUGCAUAUCAAGUUUAGGCACAAGCAUACCGACCGACUUCUUCAAGAGGUAUUCUAUAUAGCGUUGUUGGAUCGUGCCAAACGUGGUCUCAAUCAUCCUUACUACUGUAGGGAAUAUUUGGAAUUAAUCGAUGAGCUGACUAUAACUGCAUUGCAUAAUGAAGUAGUUCAGUUUCCAGUAAGCAAUUUGGCUGCUUCUAGAAACAAAGGACGAGAGGAAGGCUUGCUUAUGGUGAGUCAGAUCCAAGACGAUAUGAUAAAUUUGGUGUCGUUUGACCUUGAAGCUGUUCACAGGACUCCAGAAAAGGGACGUAAAAAGCGAAAAAGGUCCAAUUCUGAAGAGGAAAAAGAACUUCAGGAAGUUUUUCCAAAACGGUAUACUGUUCCCAUAGAAGAGCUCUUGAGUGAAGACGGUCCAAUGCCAAGUACAAGUUUGGUUAUAACCUCAGAAACAGCUCAGAGCCAUGAAGAUUGGUCUCAAGGACAUCUCGCCAUGGACUAUUCGGAAUCUCUGUAUGACGAUAUGAAUCUGAAAAACUGA